AUGAAUCACCUUUGCAGACCGACAUUUUACAGGAUUUUCAAGAAAAAAUCAACUGAAGACUUUCAAUCAGUCCCAUAUGUGGUUGCACUCUUUAGUUCCAUGUUGUGGAUAUACUAUGCAUGGCUCAAAUCCAACGCUAUCCUCCUCAUCACCAUUAACGCCGCCGGUUGUGUCAUAGAGACCAUUUAUAUUGCCUUGUACAUUGUUUAUGCACUAAAAAGUGCCAGGGCACAGGUCGUACGCACCAAGAGUGUAGAGUUCAUGCCAUUUUGGCUGUCAUUUUUCCUUGCAUUGAGUGCUGUCAUGUGGUUCUUUUACGGUUUACUACUAAAGGACAUCUAUAUCGGAGUUCCGAACGUUGUGGGAUUCGUACUAGGACUACUUCAAAUGCUACUCUACACCAUCUACAAGAACCACAAGAAGUCUGCAGAGGAGCAGAAACUACCUACCAUGCUGAAGUCAAGCACUUCUGAGGUACAAACAGUUUGCUGCCUUCCCAAUUUUGACGAAAACAGAGAUGCCAAAGACCAAACCAAGCAUGAUCAAGGGGAACCCGAGUAUAAAAGUAUCGACGUCUCGAAUCAAGUUUAA